AUGGAUCUUCCAGUUGUGGUUGAUUCAGAGGAUGAUGAAAUGGUCUCCCACGAACUAGAGCAAAUGAGGAGUAUAUUGGAAGAGGCGAUUUUGGAAACGCGCAGAGUGCCUCUCGAAAAUAGACUGCGACUUCCCCGCAUACCCCAAAGCAAGCGAAAUCGGGCUUUCGUGAGGGCCCUUAACCCAAUGCUGGUAACCUAUUUGGAAGCGAGCCACGACUUCUGCGAGACGGACUCAGUUCUUUUUGGCGCCGCAGUGGCAGCUUGCCGUAUUAUUGGCGCCAAACUUCCCAUGGCUGGACGCAUUACUAAACAAAGUAGAGCCAUCCCAGCCUGGGGAAAAAGAAUUGAGGACCGUGUCGCAAAGGCAAGGGCCCUUAUCGGCAGACUGACAAGCUUCAGGUCGGGUAAUAAUAGACCGAAGGUUGUGUGCACCGUUAGAAUGGCGUUUGCUGGGACAAAUAUCAGUUUGUCCCAGCCGGAUAUCACGCAGAAACUAACGGAGCGCAUAGACGACCUGAAGCAAAAGAUCGCUGCUUAG